GACCGCGAGCGGGUCGCGCGCGGCGGAGGCGCUACCGGCCCGCCCCCCCGCUGAAGGGAGGAAAGGAUUAUGGCACAGACUCAAGGUUUGGGGAAGAGAUACAUUAAAGCCUUUUUUAAAGGUUUCUUUGUUGCUGUUCCAGUAACAGUGACAUUCCUGGACAGAGUUGCUUGUGUAGCAAGGGUGGAAGGAGCAUCAAUGCAGCCCUCUUUGAAUCCUGGGGGAAGACAAGCAUCUGAUGUAGUGCUCUUAAACCACUGGAGCAUUCGACAUUAUGAUGUACAACGUGGGGACAUUGUGUCUUUGGUGUCUCCUAGAAACCCUGAACAGAAGAUCAUUAAACGAGUGAUUGCUCUUGAAGGAGACAUUAUCAAGUUUCUCUUGGACUUCUACAUGCUCGAGCUACUCAUAUCCUCUGGCCUCCACACCGCUGGCAAAAGUUACAACCAAUGCUACCUCCAGAGCGCAAACCACUCCAGAGAGAGCAAGAGUGAGCUAAAUGUUCAGGUAGAAAAAUGCUGGAGUGUGAAAUUUAACCAGGAAGAUUUGAAAAGGUUAUACCAUCACUCGUAGAGCUUUGCCAAGUGUGCUUUAAUAUAAGGAUAUAUCAUCAUAUACAUGAUAUAUGAUACAAUAUCAGCAGGUACAUGUAACAUCUUCAUGUUAAAAUAGCACCUUAAGUGUAAAGGGCUGAUUUUGGUUUUUUUUGUUUUGUUGUUUGGUGGUUUUUCAAGUUCUAACAUGAUAGUGCAUUGGUUUGAAAUAAUCUGCUGUAGAAGGUUUGAAUGUUCAGUUCUUCUGGGAGCAGUAACAUGCUUGACUUAUUAUGUCUGUACCUGUUCUUCUUUGGAUAAGAAAUUAUUAAAACCUUCAAUAAAAUAUUUUGAUGUUUUAUAUUCA